AUGGCCGAAAUCUUCGCCGUUGUAGCCGGCGGGUUGAGCGUCGCGUCUUUGGCCAUACAGCUGACGGAAACCAUCCAAAGACUCAAGGAUUUCUGUGACGCAGUGAAAGAAUGCCCAGGCGAGAUCCGUGUCGGGCUUGAUGAGAUCGAGGUCCUGAGCCUGGUGCUGCAAGAUAUGGAGCAAAGCAUACGGGGCAAGAGUUUCUGCCUGCCGGCGUACGAAGCCGCCGUGACGAAAAGCCUGCGCCUGUGCUGGGCAAGCAACAAUGUCCUGCGGACGCUUCUGGGAGACAUCAGCACUGAUAUGGCCGGAAGCACGAGACUGGGGCCGUUGAAGGCCGCGCUGAGAAUGGAUGAGAGGCGAGAAGAUAGCUCGAUUUCGCAGACAGAUUGA